CGGAGGAUUCAAACCGAACAUGGCUGCGGGUAAAGAUGUCGAUGAAAACACACAUAAUAGAAGAGGUACAGUGUGCAGCAUGGUGAUCAAUCAUGACGAAUCACCUGGAGGUUCUCAUGCCGGCCGACCGCCAGUUAUCUUCAACCCGGACUUUUUUGUGGAGAAACUGCGCCAUGAGAACGGCGACAUUUUCCUGGAGCUGGUGCUCAGUAACAUCACUCGCCUUAUUGAUCUUCCUGGGACAGAGUUUGCACAGCUCCUUGGUGAGGAGGGCCCGAAGACCCCAACGGGUGGAAAUGGAGGCUUCUUUCGCUCAUUCAACUUCCUCAAACGCAAAGAUAAAGGCGUUGUGUUUGGAUCCCCACUGACAGAGAGCUGCAUCGCCCAGAUCUACCAGCUCAUUGAGUACCUCAGCAAAAAUCUCCACGUGGAGGGUCUGUUUCGGGUGCCGGGGAACAGUGUGAGACAGCAGGCCCUGAAGGAGCUCCUCAACAGCGGGGCCGAUGUUGACCUGCAUUCUGGGGACUUUCACCCAAAUGAUGUGGCCACGCUGCUCAAGACGUUCCUGGGAGAGCUGCCUGAGCCCCUGCUCACACACAGACACUUCCACGCACACCUCAAAAUAGCAGAUAUGACUCUGUUUGACGAACACGGCAACAAAACUGCGAUUCCCAACAAGGAGCGUCAGAUCGAGGCCCUGCAGCUCCUCUUCCUGCUGUUACCUCAGGCCAACCGCUCACUGCUCAAACUGCUGCUGGACCUUCUUUACCACACUGCCAAGCAGCAGGACAAGAACAAGAUGUCCGCCUUCAACCUGGCCCUCAUGUUUGCUCCACAUGUCCUCUGGCCCAGACAUAUGACAGCAGGUGACCUGAAAGACAAUCUGAAGAAACUGAACAACAGCAUGGCCUUCCUCAUCAAACACUCACAGAAACUCUUCAGGGCUCCAGUUUACCUGCGGGAAUAUGCCAGAGUGCACUUCACUGGGACCAAGGCUCUGCAGACUAAGGAUGAUCUGGAGCUGCUGGCGGCGAGCAGCUCUCCUGCACAGCGGACAGUGUUGCCCCUGAAGAGGACGGCGGUUCUGGGCCCCAGCUCUCAGGAGCAGUGCCAGUCACCGGCUCAGCAGUACACAGAAGAGGCGCUGAAAGAGCUCUUCAGACACGUCCACCACAACAUGCCGGACUCCGCCAAGAAGAAGAAACUCGUCCGACAGUUAGUCAAACAGACCACCACAGGGACGCCUACUAAUGAGUCCCACCAGGCCCCCUUGGCCCCCAGCAAGAAACAUCCGCGUUCCCGCUCCUUCGGUGGCCUCAUUAAGCGCAAAGCUCGAGGUGAGCAGCUGACAGCAGAGAGGCGAGUCCGACACAUCUCCCCGGACAUGGCCACCAGGGCAGGAAGAAAAGCUGGUAAAGAGAACGUCAUCCUGCAAGCUGUGAACAGUCCAUUAAAUGGUCCUGUGUUGGGGAAGGCAGGGCUGGUAGUAAAAAAUCCAGACUUCAUUUUCAAAGAGGACAAAGCUCUGAAGGCUUCCAAGGACUCUUCCUCUGUGACCAGGAUGUGUUUCUCUCCUGCUCAGGAGAUCUCGCUGUAAACACGCAAUCUCGUCUCGGACCGGACUUGGACAGUAUUAAUAUUAUAACCUCUCAUGUUUAUCAUCAUGUUUUCAUCGUAGUAAGUCUAUUUUUUAACUGUGACUAACAUACAGCAGCUUUAGCGAGGGUCAGAACAGCCAAACCAAAGCCAGUGGCUCUUUUCAUCGCUGGUCCUUCAUUAAGACAUGAGUGUUACAAACAAAAAAUCGCUGCAUCUUUGCUCUCAGAUCGCCUCAGUGUUAAGCUGCCUGACUUGGAUAAAAUGAAUCCUUAUAUAUCCUCUAUAUGU